CGAAGGCUUAUCCUGCUUCAUCAUCAAUUCAAGCAGUCUACACCUCUGAAGUUCCAACAUGACAUGCCAAGAAUACCAGGUACUAUACAAGUCCUACUUCGCUUCAACUUCACGUGCUAUAUUAUCUCUGGGAAUUCAACAUGAUUGUCACCGAUAGGGAAAUCUUCAACCCUCUGUCCCAGAUCUGCCCUCGAAAGACGAAGUCGUCAAACUGUGCCGUCAGAAUGGGUUGGAGUAUAAUCGCCUCACCUACACUACUGCGAAUGGAAAGACCUUCUUCAUCAAGUAUAACAAUGCCAAAAUGGCCGAAGCCCAUGCUCACCUGUUCUUUUACUCUCGCAUAAACGAAAAUUCCCAGUCGACCAUCCGCAUCCCGGAACGCUACCAUGCCUGGCAGCCAGAUGGGAGCUCAAGCGUGUACCAUGUGAUGGAGUACAUCGACAUCCAUCACUUUGCGUUCGACGAAGAGCGGGCGAAGGCGCUGAUCGAGCUAAUCGCCGUGAAGCCGCCACCGGGGGUUUUUGGAAGCUUCGGGCCACCGGGCGGAUAUAUCAGACACAUGUUUUUUCAAGACCGGCAGGCAGCGAAGAUAUAUUCUUCGGUGCAGGAGCUGCAGGAUUCAAUUAAUCAGUUUCUUCAAACCGUCUACUCCGGGACUGGUCAGGAUCCUGGUGCGGUUGGUUUCAGCGAUGAGCCACUAUUAUGCUACUACGGCGGUACUUCCAGCGAGCUUUGCUAG